AUGGUGUAUGCAGCUGUCACAUGGAUCUUCGUGGCCGCAACUGUCCUGGCUGUGUUUGUGGCCUACGGCAUUGGCGCGAAUGACUUUGCAAACAGCUUUGGGAGCUCCGUAGGGUCUGGAGCCCUGACAAUGAAGCAAGCCAUCCUCAUGGCAUCCAUUUGCGAGUUCAGCGGCGCUGUGCUGAUGGGGUCUGGAGUGACGGAGACGAUCCGCAGCCAGAUUGCCGACACUGCUGCCUUUUCCCAGAAGCCAGACGUGCUAGCCUACGGCAUGCUGUGCAGCCUCCUCGCCUCUGGCAUCUGGCUCAUCCUGGCGACGUACUGGGAGCUGCCGGUCAGCACCACGCACUCCAUCGUGGGGGCGGUCGUGGGCAUGACCAUGGUGACGGUGGGGCCGCAGUCGGUCAACUGGAGCGAGCACACAGACACGUUCCCGUUCCUGGGGGGAAUGUCUUCCAUCCUCCUCUCCUGGCUCUUCUCCCCCGUGCUCACCGCUGCCCUGUCGGCCACCCUGUUUGCGCUGCUGCGGUACUUUGUGCUGCGCUCGCCGCACGCCUACCGCCGCGCCUUCCUGGUCUUGCCUAUCGCGGUGUUUGUCACCUUCUUUAUGAUCUCGCUGUUCAUCAUCCAGCAGGGCGGCGGGCGCUUUGACUGGGACGACACGCCGCUGGGCAAGGCGUGCUGGAUAUCGGCCUGCGUGGGCGCCGGCAGCACCGCGGUGUCUGUGGCCCUGCAGGCGCUGCUGAUCCGGCGGCGCGUGGCGGCAGACGUCAAGGCGCAGGAGGCGGAGCACGCGGCGGCGGCGGCCGAGGCCGCGGCGGCAGAUCUGGAGCCUGGGGCGAUUCUGGAGGGGGCACACGAUGAUCUCAUCGCCGACAUCAUCGGCAGGGGCGACCCUCUGGCAUUUGGCUUCUCCGCACAAAGCUCCGACGAGGGCGCCAGCUGCAGCCUGCCUGCAGGCCAUGCGUGCGCGCCGCCGCCGCACGGCGCGCCAGGCAGCAGCCAGGGCGGCGGCGCCGCGGCGGCCGUCCCCGGCAGCGCCGCGCGCACCCCGGCGGCGCUCCACAAGUUCAGGCAGAGCCAGAUGUGGAGCAUGGUGUCCCACGGCGCCAACGUGGACAUACACGAGGUUGUGGACACGGACGAGAAGAUCGGCAGCUUGCACUACCACUCUGAGAGGUUUGACUGGCAGGCGGAGAGCGUGUUCCAGUACCUGCAGGUGUUCACCGCCUGCGCCAACAGCUUUGCCCACGGAUCCAACGACGUGGCCAACAGCAUUGGCCCCUAUGCCGCCAUCUACGGCGUCUGGCAGACGUCCACAGUGGCCCAGCAGACGGAUGUCCCCAUCUGGAUACUGGCAGUAGGCGGGGCGGGCAUUGUGCUGGGCCUGGCCACCUUUGGCUACAAGAUCAUGCGUGUGCUGGGCGUGAAAAUGACGCGCCUGACCAACUCGCGGGGCUUUGUGAUGGAGCUCAGCGCGGCGAUCAUUGUUGUCAUCAGCUCCCGCUUCGGCCUGCCCAUCUCCACCACCCACUGCCUGGUGGGCGCCGUGGCGGGCAUAGGGCUGCUGGAGGGUCGCAAGGGCUUCAACGGCGUCCUGCUCCUGCGCUUCUUCGGGGGCUGGAUCGCCACGCUGGUGGUGGCGGGGCUGACGGCGGCGGCAUUCACCGCCCAAGGGGUCUACUCGCCCUGCAACCCCGCCGCCUCCCAGCGGUCGGACAUGGCAGACUACCUCAUCAACACCACCAGCGCCAUCUCUGCGCUUCUUGCCGGCAGCGGCCAGCCAGCGGCUGCCGCCAGCUCAGCGGCGCUCAACGCCAGCCUGGCAGCGCUGCCCGUGCCGCUGCUCAACUUGCAGCAGGGCGCGGCGGUGCAGCUGCAGGCGCUGCAAGACUACCGAGCUGCCACCGCAUGGGUGGGAAAUGCGACGUCCGGCAGCUGA